AUGGCCAAGUCUGUCUUCGCCUCCCCCUUCCGAUACCUCGCCGAUCUGGUUGCCUCGCUCAAGAGCCCUCCCUCGGCUGACACUUCCCGCCGCGACCCAUCUCUACGGCAGGUCACGUCUCCUUCUAUCAAGCGCAAAGCCGAUCAGGAAGAACAGUUUGGACGGCAACCAAAAAGGCGUGCGAUAAGGACGGGGAAUGACACUUCCGACCCAUAUGAGGAUGACAACCACUCCGCUUCCAGUCCAGAACUUCCAACCAAAAGGACGGGACUCGAGGCAAGCUUGGACCGCUCGCUUAUGCCUCCUCCAGCAACACCACACAGAAAGAUGGACACUCUGCAGCUACAGCGUAUCAGCCCACCGCCAAGGCGGGAUUCGCAAAGUUGGAUUCACGAUGACGAUUCAACGUCGUUCGUGUCCACUGCUCUAGCAAGGAUAAGACUAGACCCAGUGGACAAUGACCUGAUGGAAGAAGCGAGAAGACAUGUUGCUGCAAUUACUCUUCCUGCCAACUCAGGCAUCUGGUCACAGACCGAACGCGAGCUGUUUUUUCACCUCGCAUAUCGCGGCUUCGAGCCUCUCCUGCCACAGAACUGGAUGAUCGACUUCGACACCUUGCCGAUCAGUGUAUUCGCACAUGAGAACUCAUCAGAUCCAGCACUGAUUCAAAACCUCAGAGACAACCAAUUCAGAGCAGGGCACGCCCUGCGGCGGCUCUUUGAGGCUGGACAAGAUGCGCGUGACAGAAGCCACGUCAGUCCUGGUGUCCGGAGAGAGAGGGUUUUGGAAAAGUCUGUGAAAAGAUACCUUUACUGGGCUUUGACUGAUGUCGGACUGCGACCAAGAUCGAAGACGCAAUACAUUCCGGUUCACGUCGUCGCUGCCAGGAGGAAGGGUCAGUCUACUCUACAAACACUGGAGGAAGUUGCGACCAAAUUACAGAAGUUGUCAGAGAGACAUCAAAGGGCCCAAAAUGUCCAACAUAGCGUGGAGACACGUGGCCUGAAUCCGGCAGACGCAGACGAGACUCGGGUUGCUGACGAUGAUUCCUCAACGCCGACUCUGAUCGGACUUGUCAUUAUCUCUGCCGUGCUUGUUGUCGUCACACUGAGUCCGUUUGCCCCUCCAACGCCAGAGUCUCUGCAAGGAGAAAAAGCCUCUGCGGGCCCUUCUGAUUCCUCGGGUGAGGGAGGCACAAGCUUCAACCCCGACAGGCUUCGCAUAAUCGCUGAACUGGAUUUCAGCCAAAAAGAUCAAGAUGUGUGGAACGCGCUCGGGGUGGCAAUUGCGGCGAUGGAGAUUCGGCGGGAGGCACUGAAGGUGAACCGUGAAUUCACUAACGACGAUGUGGGUGCAAUGGACUGGGAUGGCAUGUCGACCACGGGAUCAAAGUUCGAGGACGACAUGGGGGAAGUGAGUACGCUGUCAAGAUUGCAAUUGGAUGACGACCCAGACUUGUGA